GGUUAUUUGAGGUUAAACUUCUCCUAUGACAAAAUGUACCUAAGAUGGUUCCACUUCCCAAAUUGGAUUCACCACAAGUUUAAAAAUCCUUGUUUGGUAGUUGAUUAUAGUAUUGUUAUGAGUAUUUAUCCAAAAUUGAAUGUGUAAUUAAUUAUGAUUAUUAAGAUUUUCUUUUCAGGGGGAACAGAUUCAGCUAAUUAGUGCUGACUGCUGACUCUUUUCUGUGUUCACACUAACCAAUGGACUAAACAAAGAUCAAAAAUUUUUUUGAAGGUUUUUUUUUUUUUCAAACUUUUUUUCCCUAACAUUUUCAAACUCUCUCUUGAACAUCAGCUACAAACACCAUAUUUGUUUUACAUAUUUAUUUAAUUAUAUAAUUAUUUUAGACAUAACAAAAAGCAAGAGCAAAAUUUCCCUUUUCCUCAUUUCCUCCUUCUUUACUUCCUUUUUCUCAAAACAUCAGUUUCUUUAAUUUGUUGAUCUACUUUGUCCUUAACCUACAAGCUUUGAUCUUUUGUUCGGUGAGGUUUGUUUGAGUCACUGAUGAGGGUGACUCAUGUGGGCUGAGAGAAAUCCCGCUGAGGAAAUUUUUUUUUCUUUUUUAGUGGAAUAAAGUUGGGAUUUUUGUGAGAUGGGUUGUUGUAGAAAAGUGUAGAAACUAAUAAAAAUUUAUUGCUCAUGGUGAGGAAGAUAUUUGAGUUUUCCAUCUAUGUGUUGAUGGUCAUAUGCAAAUUAUAGGUACUUAUUUUGAAGUGGGUUCAGCUGGGCUUUGUUUGAUUUGUGAGGAUUUGAUAUGGGUUGUUUUCCAUGCUUUGGAUCAUCAAACAAAGGUGGAAACGGUGUUAAGGAAGUGCUAAAGAAGGACUCCUUGAAGGAAAGUUCGGCUGGUGUAUCAAACCAUGUGGAAAGACUUGGUUCAGACAAAUCCAAGACCAGGGGUGGUAAUGACCCCAAGAAGGAGCCAUCUUUUCAGAAAGAUGGACCACCAGCAAACAUUGCUGCACAGACAUUUACAUUUCGCGAACUUGCUGCUGCAACAAAGAAUUUUCGGCCAGAGUCUUUGUUGGGCGAAGGUGGGUUUGGGCGAGUUUAUAAAGGACGGUUGGAAUCGGGACAGGUAUGUUAAAGAUCAUAUUAUCAGAAAAUUUUGAGGUGAUUGGGUUGGACUGGUUACAUAUUCUACUAGUGUGAACCUUCAUUCAAUCAUCUUCUUGGUUACAUUGCUUAAAGUGGUUGCUUUUGCAGGUAGUUGCAGUAAAACAGCUUGAUCGCAAUGGUCUUCAGGGAAAUAGAGAGUUUUUGGUUGAGGUUUUAAUGCUUAGCUUGCUACACCAUCCAAACCUUGUGAACUUGAUUGGUUAUUGUGCGGAUGGGGAUCAAAGGCUCCUUGUUUAUGAGUUUAUGCCUUUGGGAUCAUUAGAAGACCAUUUGCACGAUCUUGCACCAAAUAAAGAACCUUUAGACUGGAAUACAAGAAUGAAGAUUGCAGCUGGGGCAGCAAAAGGAUUGGAGUACUUGCACGAUAAAGCCAACCCUCCUGUCAUAUAUAGAGACCUAAAAUCCUCCAAUAUCCUUCUAGAUGAAGGUUUUCAUCCCAAAUUAUCCGAUUUUGGGCUUGCAAAACUUGGUCCUGUUGGUGACAAGACUCAUGUCUCCACUAGGGUGAUGGGGACUUAUGGUUAUUGUGCUCCUGAAUAUGCUAUGACCGGCCAGCUCACUUUGAAGUCCGAUGUAUAUAGUUUUGGAGUUGUCUUCCUUGAACUCAUCACUGGGCGCAAGGCCAUUGAUAACACCCGGGCUUCAGGAGAGCAUAAUCUUGUUGCAUGGGCAAGGCCACUCUUUAAAGAUCGAAGGAAGUUUCCAAAAAUGGCUGAUCCAUUGUUGCAAGGUCGAUACCCAAUGCGAGGACUUUACCAAGCAUUGGCAGUGGCAGCCAUGUGCUUGCAAGAACAAGCUGCAACGAGGCCCCUAAUUGGGGAUGUGGUGACUGCUUUGACAUAUUUAGCCUCUCAAACAUAUGAUCCCAAUGCCCCUGCACAGAGUAACAAAGUCGGUCCAUCCACUCCGAGGAGCAGGGAUGAUCGUAGGAACAUGGCAGAUGGGGUCGACAGUCCAGACCGUGGUUUCCUUGGAUCCCCGUCAACUCAUAGAAACUCACCUGAUUUCCGAAAGAGAGAUUCUACCAGAGAAUCUAGCAACGGUUCCGAUUUGAGGAGAAUUGAAACUGGUGUAGGGUCGGGAAGGAAGUGGGGGAUUGAUGAGUCAGAGUCUCAGAAGGACAGUCCUGGAAGCGCAGGUAGAGCCAGAGAAACACCCAGGAAUCGGGAUUUAGACAGAGAACGGGCCGUAGCAGAAGCUAAAGUAUGGGGUGAAGGCUGGAGAGAGAAGAAGAAGGCCAACGAGGUGGGAAGUUUUGAUGGUACAAAUGAUAGACAAUGGUGAGCGUGCAUCAUCAACAAUCACCUUCCCCUUGGUUGAGACAAUUAUCCUUGUAGAAUAAGAGUCCCUUGUAGUUUGUACCCAACUUUGUCUUGUACUAUUUGUCAUUAUAAAUCAUUCUUGUAUCUGAUAGUUUGAACUGGAUUCCGAGUCAUAUGGUAAGAGGAGAUGUAGUUAUGAGGGAAGAAAGACGAGAAAGAGGGCUAAUGGUUGUAAUUUGAGUAAUUACUGACAUAGCCCUUACUGCACCAUGUUGUUGCACUCUAUCUCUAUAUUAGGUUUUUCGGAUGUCCAUGAUAAUGUAAUACAAAGAGCAGUCGGAGAGAUGUCUUAUUUUCGAGAGAUGGUUCUGAUGUCGAUGAAAAGGCUUGUCUGUAGUUCUUAGGGCUUCUGUCUAUAGAUUUUUCUUAGACAUCAUGUCGCUUGUAUAUUAUUUUCCGAUACUUCUUUUCCCAUACCUCUCGUUCUCUAUUCUUUUCGCAUUUGAUCAUUUGAUGAUCCGUACUCAAAGUUUUGCAAUUGGUUCAUAAUUUUUCUGUUCAACACAAGCUUAUGCAUGGCUUAAAGAGAUCUUCAAAUAAGAUGACCUUGGUUAUUUCUUAUUUGCACAUUUUCAGGCCUUUAGCUCAAGUAAUAGCAGUGAGUUGUAGUUUUGUCUGGAUUCUUUCCUUCGCCAUUAGUAGUUUCAAGACUAAUUGAUUGUGAUUACUAUCUUUUCCUUCCAGUGUAUCUAGCUGAAUGUCACUCCUGAAACUGCAAAUCUGUCAUGUUACCGAGGAAUUUUCAGCCUAAC